CGUCCCCUCGGCGCGGCGCUGCCUGUUCCCCCGCGGAGGCGGCCGCCCGGCGCGCUGCGGCGUUGGGGGCUGCGGCUGCGGGCCGGGGCGCCGGGACCAUGUCCCGGAAGCAGGCGGCCAAGGGCCGGCCGGGCAGCGGCCGCGGGAAGGCCGAGGGCGAGCGCAAGCGGGACGAGCGGGCGGCGCGCCGGGCCCUGGCCAAGGAGCGGCGGAACCGAGCCGAGCCCGGCGGCGGCGGCGGCGGCGGCGAGGAGGAGUUCGUCAGCUUCGCCAACCAGCUGCAGGCCCUGGGGCUGAAGCUGCGGGAGGUGCCGGGGGACGGCAAUUGCCUGUUCAGAGCUCUCGGUGAUCAGUUGGAGGGACACUCACGAAAUCAUCUCAAGCACCGGCAAGAGACAGUGGACUACAUGAUAAAGCAGCGGGAAGAUUUUGAACCCUUUGUAGAAGAUGACAUUCCUUUUGAAAAACAUGUGGCCAGUUUGGCAAAGCCUGGUACAUUUGCUGGCAAUGAUGCAAUUGUAGCCUUUGCAAGAAAUCAUCAGUUGAAUGUGGUGAUUCAUCAACUUAAUGCCCCUUUAUGGCAGAUCCGCGGCACGGAGAAAAGCUACGGGCGGGAGUUACACAUUGCCUAUCGGUACGGAGAGCACUAUGACAGCGUUCGGAGGAUCAACGACAACUCGGAAGCCCCCGCGCAUCUCCAGACCGACUUUCAGAUACUUCAUCAGGAUGGAUCAAACAAAAGAGAGAAGAUUAAGACGAAGAGCGUUGACUUUGAAAGUGGUCUGACAGAUGAAGUAGGGGAUGCCGUCCAGAAAGUUUACAGCGCGACUGGAUGUUCAGAUUUUAAUUUGAUCGUCCAGAACCUGGAAGCUGAAAAUUAUAAUACUGAAUCUGCAAUAAUUGCCAUGCUUCAGAUGAACCAGGGGAAAAGAAAUAGUGCAGAGGAGAAUGUGGAGCCCAGUGGCCGAGUGCUGAAGCAGUGCAGCCCCCUAUGGGAGGUGGGUGGCAGUGGCGCCAAGCUCUUUGGAAGUCAGGCCUUAAGUGAAUGCCGGACUGAAAACAACAAGGUGCGGACCAGCCCUGGUGAAGAAAACAAGGCAAACAGGAAUCAGCUCCCAAAGGUCACAAACAGACAGAAGAGAGAGCAGCAGCGACUGGAGAAGAAGAAGCGCCAGGAGGAGCGGCAUCGCCACAAAGCUCUGGAGAGCAGGAGUAGCCCCCGGGACAACAACAGAAGUGAAGCCGACGUGAAUGCUCAGGUCACCUUGGUGAAGACCUUUGCGGCUCUCAACAUCUGACUCUGGCCCUCUGGGAGUUGAGAGAAAUGAAUGGAAAAUGGGGAGCUGCAUACAGAGGCCACUGCUUCCAGUGAGGCCACCCUUUACAGAUGAAACGCAACCCUUAAAACACACACACACACACACACACACACACACACACACACACACACACACACACACACACACACACACACACACACACUUUCCUUCUAGUUGCCUCCUCUUCUUGUCAAAGUUUUUUUAAUGAUAUUUUUUGUUUUCUGGAAGAACAGCAAAGCCAUUCAUGUUCUGAAUUAAAAUACUUAGUUAAUUUAGUGGUGGACAGGGCUAAGACAAAAAAACAACAACAACAAAAAACAACUUUGACGUGUGUUUCCUCCCCCCUCACAACUUCUACCUUCUUCCUCUCCCCCUCUGAAAAAAAAAAUCAGAGUUUAGUCACUUUGGGAUCUUUCCAUAAUACUUGGAGUGAGUUUUGGGUAAUUGUUUAUAAAAUAGUUUAGAUUGUCAAUUAGAAAUUUCCGAAUGAUAAAUUUAUUUUUUCUUUCAUUUUUAAACAUGGCAUUAGUGUACAGGAUAGUUUGUAAACAUUCUCCAACUCAUGAACAUGUUUCAAAUUUACUUUCUUCUAAUCCAAUUUAAUCAGAAAAUAAUUGAGGAAGUGUUUUUCCAGGGUAAUCAGAUAUGGCGGUUGUGGCUUAGAGUCACGGUGGAAAUUCAACAGCUACAUUUCUCUCCUUCCUAAUUCUGACGUUAUUUCAGACGGGAUGCAGGUGCUGUUAGUGGUUGGUAUUCAGCCUUCUGAUAAAUGCACGGACUGUUGGCAAGACCUGAAUUUUGCUAAACUAUCUGUUGGUAGUUUUGAGUUUUGUGUUCUGUUUCUUGACAAAGAGAAGAUGGUAUGUUGCUGCUUCUGAUUCAGUUCUGGGAUUCUGAUCAUACGGAACGGAGAAUUCAUACAUGGAAAUGAAGUAAUCAAGACAUUACUCAGGUUUUGCCUAGGAAGGUUGUUGGGGGGAAAUGUCUGGAAUAACAUCUAAGGUUUUUAUGUUCACAGUUGAAGUAACAGUUUUCUUUCUUACUAUUUUAGAUUUAGAAAGAUGGCUUGAGAGAAAUAAAAGGUAACAUUACCUACUGCAAAAUGUUUUUAGUUUAGUGAAAAUGGUGCACUUUCUUUAUUAAAACUUAAGGCUUUUUGUGUGGUUUGAUGCUGGAGAAACUUGUCAGUGACUUAGGUUGAAUCGUUGAGCAGAAGGCAUACUUUUUCUCUUUAGUCUGAGGCCUUUGAAUGAUACCACAGUUCUGAAAUGGGCAGGUCGGGUUGUAGAGGGAUGUCGUUCCGAAAAUGGGUGGAUGUAAGCUUUAAAAAGCAUGCAAGUUGCUAGUCUUAGUCUCUGCCGCAUUGGGACAAAUACAUAUUCUGAGCCAGAAGUUAAAUUGUUGUUUCCUUGACCCCUGUCAAGUAUAAAAUGAUAAAAGUUCCAAGGCAAAGGGAAAACUCUUUAAAAAAAAAAAAAAUCUUUGGAUGUCUAGAUGUAUCUUUGUCUAGACUGACCCUGGUUUUAUUGAAUUGUCUUUAUCAAGCAGGGAUUUGUUCUCUUCAGUUUUAAUGAUGUGUAUUAAUUUUCUGUUUGUUUGACUCUGGUGACUUUUUUCUGGUGGAGCACCAUGAGUCUCUUGGAAUUCCUCCCAGGACACUGUGGUUUGGGUUUCUUCCUGGUACAGUACAUUGUUUAUGUAGCAGAUUUAGAAAGUGCAUGGCAUUUUUUUGGUUGCAGAGUCCUGACUUUGAGGCCCUAGUAUUCUCUCCAGACUGGUGAAAGGUCCCGAUUGCCUUACAGUCUCCUAGGGAGUGAGGGCCGUUGCGUGAGGGGCUUCUGCUCUCUUGGUUUUCAGCUUGGUACAGACUGCUCACUGUCCUGGGCUUCUCUGCAGGCACUCUCUUUCCUGCCUGUUUUGUACCGAGGAGUGCAGGAGACGCGGUCCUCUCAGAACCAUCUAGGUUGGAUACCAGAGAUUCAGCAAAAUUAGGAGUCAGAAAUAGCUGGGGGACAAAUGGACAGACGUAGUAGACUUGCUUAAUUUAUGUGGUUAAUGAAGGCAGCCUACAAGGCUUCAGAAGUGUAGAUGCUGCUAAAAAGUUCUUAAAAAUAUUAGGCACUUUCAUUUAUAAAGGACCUGAUUCUGAGGGUAGGUUUUAGUGGUUUCAAAAACUAAUCAGAUGUCUUCAGAAAAUUUCUUUAAUUAUCAAUUCAUAGUUUUCCAGUUUUAAAUGGUGUGUGUUUAGUAUGUAAAUUUUUAGGAUUGGGACCGAUGAAGCCAGCUUUAGUGAUGUCAUCUAGCUAAGGUUUUUAUUCCCCCCCCCCCACAUCUCAGUUUCCAGCAGUAGGAGGUAGAGGGAUCAGUAAACGUGAUUGCCUUAGUAGGCACUUCACAGUUACUUUCUUGGCAGCCCAAGUGGAGGUGCAGUUUGUUGAGACCUGGGAUGACUAUUUCCAGUAGCUGUUUCAUAGUAAGUAGUUCUUAAUGCACUCCGCGUUAGGAAGUGCGUCUUGCUUCACUUCUGGGUUACAUCUUGGUUAGUCUAAGUUUAUGUUUUGUGGAAUUGCAUGGGUAGCAUUUAGUGAGGCCAGGAGAAAGGGGAUGAGUUCUAUAUCUGCUUAUUAGUUUCAUAAACUACUUAUAAAGGUUUUAAUGGAUUUUUUUUAAAGAUUUUUUUUUAAAAGGUUAAAAUAAAUAAAACUUCAGUGGCAACAGCUUUAUACUACAGAGGUAGAUGUAUGCAAACAACAUAGGAACCAAAACUUAGAAAUACUAGCGUUGCCAUCAGGAGAUAUUAGAGAGAUAGAAUGUUUAUAUGCAUUUAAUUUUUCAGUAAUAUGAGCAUGAGCUUUCAGGAGUAAAGUCGGGUUGAGGAAUUGCGGCAGAAAGAACCCUAACUGUUCACUGAGGUUGUCUCUAGUUUCUUUCAUAUCUUCCGAAAACACCUCCGAACCCAGUUUCCUUCGAGGGCUUGUGAAGUGGGAUCUCGCUGUGGAGCACCUAGAGCUGGGCUCCGUGGCCCCCUGUCUAGACAUUGCUCCUGCCCUGCCUCCCCAGGGGACUUGGACAGACGGAAGUGUCCGGUCUGGGGCCGCCAGGAGCUACCUCCAGUGCUCGGGGCCGUUCACAGAUCAAGCAGGAAGUGAUCGGAUGGACUUUCGGCAUUGAAGGAGACCAGUGGAGGGUCAUGUUGUCAUCGUGCAGUUUCUCUGCCUGGGUUUUACUAGGUCACUGGGGAAUGCGAUCCGCUUACCUCUGUGAAGCAGGUGAGCAGCUCAGAUGGCCAGUCGGCGUGGGCUCCUGGUGGGAGCUGACUGACGGGGUCUCUGGGCGGCCCGGGGAGGGUGCUGCGUGAAUUCAGCGUGGCUUCAGCGGGCCUUGCCUGGGCCUGACUCCUCCUCUGGGUGGGUGCGUAGCUCCUUUCACCCCCUCCCCCCCUGCCUUUUUUUGGUUUUCUUUUACCUCAAAGGCGCUGUCUGUCUGUCGCAAACCUGUAGACAGCCUGCUGCCAUUUUGUCUGUCUGCGAGUCUCCGUAUCCGCCCCUCACUCAUCUCAGCUUUCAGAGCAGGUUUUGCUGAACCCCAGGGCCUUCAGACCGUUGUUCGGGGCCAUUUCAGAGUGGUACUUUCUACAAGGUCUGCUUCCCUGGCUCUCGAGCCAAAGAUGCAUUUCCUCUGAUACGGAUGAAAUGAAGCUGUCUGCGGCACUUUUCAUGUCUAGCCAAUCUGCUGUGAGGGGAGAGGGAAAUGGAGGACCCGUCCCACCCAGAGCUUCCUCCGUGGUGUGUACCACCUCAUAGUGCGUACCACAUACACGUACUGGGCCCGGCAGACUCCCCGGACCUGUUCUGUCCCGAGGUGAGAGGCCCGGUGAAAACCCCAGGUUCCCAGCUCCUCCUUCUAAGAAGUCAAUUUCUGGAGUCUUUCUUGCUCUGUCCUGGCUAGGGCUACUUUUUUAACUUGAUUAAAGCACUUAAUCAAGCCUUGCAAAAUUACUCGAGAAAAGGCUGGUGCCAGUGAAAAAUGCAUUUCAACAGAAGUAUGGUCUGCUUGUGAUUGUAUUUUAAGCCGGAUGUACCUGUGGUCCAAGACUUCCGCCAUGCGCUGAUGGAAUGGCUGGUCUGCCCCAGUCCCCCGCAUGUCCGCAUCCAGCUCACUGCUGCCAGCCAUCUGUGACAGAGCACCUGAGCCCCGCCAUGAACUUCACCUGUGGCCUGAGCCCCUGCAAGGUCCUUGUGCCCCGCGGAGAGAUCCUGGGGUGGGAUCUUCCCACUGGGGGCCCUGUGGUUGGUUUCCCAGAUGGAAGGGGCCUCGGCCUUCCUUCUUCCUUCCCAGCAUCCUUCACCAAAACUGAACUCCGUGAGGAGGAGAAUGCCUGAGUCCGACUUCGAGCCUCGUUGUUCUCUUGCUGGUGUCAGAGUGCUGGCGAGCGCCGUCUCCUUCAGCGUGUCUGCCCUGGGAGCACCAGGGGCCCUCACAGGCUCAGGAACCCGCUCUUCCCCCUCCCCCCCAAUUGCACUAUACUUGUUCUAGCUUCAGUCUGGAGAUAUCUAAGACCUCCAUGGGGUCAUGAUUCAUAGACUUAGCGAGUCUUGCCUUAUACCUAUGGAGCGUGUCGGGGAGAGACGAGGCUGUUGUCUCAUGUCCAUAGUUCAUUCCCUCUGUGUUGUUAAUUUCCUCAGAUUGUGUUAAUAUGAACCAUUUUAUUUUUUAUGUACCAAAGUACUGUACUCGGCUAUUUGCAGUGUUUUAAAAACCAAACGUUUCUUUCUUUCUUUCUUUCUUUCUUUCUUUCUUUCUUUCUUUCUUUCUUUCUUUCUUUCUUUCUUUCUUUCUUUCUUUCUUUCUUUCUUUCUUUCUUUUUGUCUGUUUUUAAUCUUCAAUACUUGGUGCAAUAGAAGCUGCAAAGAUGUGCCACUUUAUCUAUG